CUCGAGCAUCCGCGCAUGCCGCCACGUACGGGAACAGCAGAGGUAGACAAGAUUACAGCGACGUGCCCAGUGAAUGGGACGCUGUGGAAGCUCAGCAAGACCCUCCGACAAGCGUGUGCCUUCCACUCUGCACUCCUGGCGUCGGAGGAGAGCUUUCCGAAGCCCAUCCCUCGUCGUGGUUGUUGCAUUCGCUGCUACACGCCUUCCCCCUCGACGACACGCUCUUGAACGCAUCCAACACCGCGACGUUGCGCCGACAGCAGCGGCGCAAAGCCAUAGACGGAGUUUUCCCGAGUUUGUGAUGCAUGCUCGCACGGUGGUUGAUGGAUUUUGCUGUAUGAAGGCGGCAGCAGCACCCGCCACCCAAUUGGCGACAUCGACGCUUGACGUGUCGCCUUGUCUACAGAUCCGGCGCGCCAUGGACGCGUACCUGUCAUGCGCCACGGAAGCAAUAUGCACAGAUCAUGCAACUCCGUUCGCGCUUCAGGAGCCCACCAGAUAAAAGUUGGAGUGCGACGACGCUUUCAGAGACUUCGCCGCUCGAAUCGCAAACGACGACUCGCGCCUACGUAUGCUGGAUUGGACGCUUCCGUGCGGCGAAAUCUCGUCGCGGACCGUCGACAACACCCGCGAACGCAAAGCUGACGACACUGUGCCUGCCACCGACUAGGACAAUGUGUGGCUGUCCGAUGUUUCGAGCCGCAGCGUGGCCAUGACACGGUCGAACAAAGUGCCGAUCCAGGUCGAGUUGCUUGUCAGGUUUUGAACAAGCGAAGCGACGACGAUCGAUGUGCAAUAUAUGCUAGGAAUCAUUCUUGGGGCGACGACGGCG